AUGAAGCACCAUCUCAUGGUCGGUACCUGGACCCCUCCAGGACGCAUCUACACGGUCGCAUUCGAUGACGAAGCCUUGACCCUGGACUUGGUCAAGAAGACCGACAUUCCUGAGGCGGAGCCUAUCUCUUGGAUGACUUUCUCGCACGACAAAAAAGCUAUCUAUGGCGCUGCUAUGAAGAAGUGGAACAGCUUCGCUGUGAACAGUCCUACCGACAUUGUCCACCAAGCUUCCCACCCCGUCGCUGGUCAUGAAUUGGCUGCCAGCGCUGAUACCAACACCCGUGCGAUCUUCGUGCUCGCCGCGCACAAGCCCCCCUACAACGUCUAUGGCAACCCCUUCUACAAAUACGCCGGCUACGGCAAUGUUUUCUCCACCAACGAGGAUGGCAGUCUGCGCGAGAACAUCCAGAACUACGAGUAUGAGCCGAACACCGGCAUCCACGGCAUGGUCUUUGACCCCACGGAGACAUAUCUGUACUCGGCCGAUCUGCAAGCCAACAAGAUCUGGACACACAAGAAGGAUGCUACCACGGGACAGCUGGAUCUGGUUGACUGCCUCGAGGCGCCCGCGCCGGGUGACCAUCCCCGCUGGGUUGAAAUGCACCCCAGCGGUAAAUACCUCUAUGUGUUGAUGGAGGCGGGGAACCGACUUGGCGUGUACGUUAUCGACGAGCGCACCCAUAAGCCAGUCUUCACCCACAUCACCUACCCAUUGCUUCCUGGCGGUCUUCCCCCGCGGAACAAGUACCGUGGUGAUGUGACUUUCACCACCAAGAGCGGCAAAUAUCUGUUCGCAACCACCCGCGGAAACUCCUUCGAUAUCACGGGGUACAUCACAGCCUUCAAGCUGGGUCCCAGCGGAGAAAUCGAGCGCCAGCUAUUCAUUCACCCCACGUCGACCAGCGGCGGACACUCCAACGCCGUCAGCCCCUGCGAUUUCAGCGACGAGUGGCUUGCUCUGUGUGACGACCAACUUGGUUUCGUCGAGAUCUACCGUUUCCGCGACGAGAACCUUGCUCGCGUGGCUCGGGUUGAUAUCCCUGAGAUGGGAUUCGGCAUGAACGCCAUCUGGUAUGAUUAG